AUGCCGGGGGGAUGGAUCAAAGCAGGAACCCUUGCCGACGGGGACCUGCUCAACGAUACCCUUGAGUCUGAGUUGAUAGAGGCGGCCGCCUACGACGACGACGAUGCCUCCCAGGGUACGUACAUACUUCAGGUACUUCACGGAGACUACGCUCCAGAAGGCGGCGUGCUUCUCACAGCGCGCUACCUUGCAGCGAAAGACGACUAUUAUAAUUAUUGGAUGCGGUCUGGAGGCCGCCCAAUAAAAGACGUCUACCACGUGUGCGCAGCUGCUGGGUGCAGGGGGGGGCCAAAAGGACAAAUCCAUAUAGAGUCCUGGAGGCCACUCGGCCGCGAGGACAUCGAGGAGGGCAGGCUCGCCUGGGCGGCGAAGCCAGGACUCCAGAAACGGAUUCUGGAGGCCCUGCGCGAGGGGGCUGAGCCAGGGGGAGAGAGCGGUGCCGAACGCCGCGGCGGCGAGGCGACGCCGCUGGCCGACGGGGAGCGUCCCCCUGGCCGGUCGCCGAGUGGCCGCCCAGCGGCGGAGCCACGAGCGGAGGCUCUGGGCGAGCCUCCGCCUGCGGGGCGCGGGGCCCCCGACGGCGCGUUGUGGGCUGGCGCCCGCAGCGUGCGACCCCGGCGUGGGGUCGGGGAAGAGCUAGAGGAGCUCCGCGCUGGCCUGGAGGAAGGCAACAACCGCCACGGCCUGGACAGGCCAGACCGCGCCCGCGGGCACAGGAGCAGGCGCCGAGCCCGCGCCGCGGAGAGCGGCGCAGCCCGCCCCGCCGUGAGGCAGCGAGUCCGCGGCGCGGGGGAGAGCCCAGCCCGCGCCGCCGCGAAGCGGCGAGCCCGCGCGGCCGGGAACAGGGCGCAAGGGAGCGGUCAGGAGACGGGCCCCGCCGGCGCCGCCGCCGUUGGCGACCGCUCGAGCACCACGCAGGGGCGGUUGAUGCGCUUCGCGCGCGAGAACCAAGGCAGGCUGGCCGAGAAGCUACUGUGGAAAAUGGCCAGCAGGGUUACUCCUGGGGGAGAGGCGGACUCCGACUCCGAGAACCAGACAGGAGCCGCACCGGCGGUCGCUUCGGCGUACCACUUGAGGGUGCUGUCCACGCAGCAGCCGCCCCUCUCGAAGCGCAACGCGAACGAGAUGCGGCUCAUGUGCAAAAUGCUCGACCUGCUCAGCCGCAACAAGGUCAAGAGAGCCAUGGACUUCGCAGCCCAGCACUUGAAAGCCAUCGAGCAGUCGGUGGCAGACGGGGGCUGGACCAGAGCCCGCUUCCUCGAAUUGUUCGAGGAGGAUGCGCCGUCCCUCGUCGGCAGGGGGGAGAAGUACAUGAUGCGGUCGGAGGUCCGAGCCGAGCAGGCACUCGCUCUCCGGAGCGGCUCGGGCCCGAAAGGGGCACCAAAGGGCGCCCGCUCGGACGAAGCUGGCGCAGCGGUCAACGGGGCGACGGAGAGCCGCGGCAAGGGCGAGGCCUUCAGCGGGAAGGGCUUCAGCUUCGGCGCGGCCUCGAAGAGCAAAGCGAAGGGGAAAGACAAGGAGCUAGUCCACGAAAACGAGCUGUGGGCAUUCUUUGAAGACGCGCUGACUCACCUGGACACGCCGUUAGGGCGGCAUGCCUCGCUCGACCCUCCUUCGGGCACCCAGCCCGCCAGCGACUUGCUACCAAUGCCGGCAGCAGCGGCGCGCGAGCACGCGCGGUCGUUGUCUGAGGCAGCGGGGCACGACGGUGCUCGCGCAUCCCACUGCCAGGCGGCAGUGUGGUGCAUGACGGUAGCCCUCAACUUCGUCGCACAAGCAGCAUGGGCGGGAGACGCGAAAGGCUCCCCUUCGCCAGGGCCGCGACCAGGCCUCACGACCACGCAACAGCACGCCGCGGGCCAUCUCUGGGAAGCGGCAGCCGAGCUCCUGGCGGAAGGCGGCCCCGCGCCGUCCGCUCGCCAGAUCAGGGCGGACCUAGCCACUCGCCAAACGGAUUACAUGGGUGAGCCCGUUUCCGUGCGCAGGCAACUGGUCGCAAGCAAGGUGCUGCCGGCUUGGCCGCGCGCGGGCGAAGCGGCAGCAGUGCCCGUCACUAGGUUCUUGGACGGGGAGCUUCUUGACGAUGUCCUUAACCCAAGCUCCUGCCUCCUCCCCCCAGACGAAUGGCCCCUCGACCCGCCGUGUUCGAGAGUGCACGCCUCGGACCGAGAAUGGUACAAAAUCGUGAAAGAGGGCGCUGCCAGAGGCAUUUUCGCCGAGGUCCCAGAAGACAAGAUUUUCCGCGACCCUUCAGGCCGGCUGGUCGUCAACGGGGCAAUGGGCAUCGACAAGCCCCCCAAAUCUUCCGAAGAAGGGGAAACGCUGUUGCGCUUCAUCUCCAUCUUCACACCGAUCAACGCGUAUUUACGCAAGCUCCGUGGAGAUGACCACACUCUCCCGGUAGCGGCGCUACUCAGCGCUUGCAUUUUGGAAGAUGGGGAAGAGUUCUGGGACGACGCUGAAGACCAAAAGGGCUGCUUCAACAUCUUCCGGCUCCCGGAAGAGUGGCUGGGGUAUUGCGCGUACUCCAAGCAGGUCCCAGCGUCAGCGUUCGGUGGGGAUCCGAACAGGCUAGCUUGGGUUGCUAUGCGUUGCGUUGCGAUGGGGUCAAAAAUCGCUGUAUCGAUCAUGCAGCGGGUCAUGCGGGUCCUGGUGUUCGAAGAAUCUACCGUCGACGCGGCCACGGAGCUCAGGCGAGACGCGCCGGUGCCCGAGGAUAGCGUGAGCGUCGUUUGUCUCGACGGGUUCGACUUCGUGCGGAAAGCCCAAACGCGGCUCCAGCACCUCCAGGCGCCAGAAUCGGAAGAACACAUCGCCUUCGUUGGCACGUGUGCCCGAUAUGGCAUCCCCCUCAACCCUGCGAAGUCUUUGGUGGCGAAGCUCAAUGCGGGCAUCCUCGGCGGUCUUCUGCGGGGGGACAAGGGCUGGCUGGCGGUAGCGCCGGACAAGGCCCGAGCACUAGCAUUCAAAGGCGCGGUCCUGGCCACGCAAAGCUCCUGGAGCGCUGGCGCGCUCCAGCAUUGGGCCGGGCAGGCUUGUUUUGCCGCCGGCUUCCGCAGGCCUCUCUUCGCGGUGCUCGAACAAGUCUUCCCGACCAUUCAGUUGGCAGCAAGUGGGCCUAUUCAGGCCAGCGCAGCAACCAUGGACGAAAUCAUUGCCUUCACAUUAUUGCUGCCUCUAGCAUACACAAACUUGCGGGCGCAAGUGAAAAGAGCAAUCUCGUGCACGGAUGCGUCGGAACACGGGGGAGGGGCGGCCGAAGCUACCACCUUCGUCCGCACUCAGGACCCGCAGCGCGCCGCGCGCUUCGAAGCGCACUUUGCGAGGCUGGCGGAAGACUCCUCCAGGGCGACCGGAAAGUCCGCGGGCUGCGUCGUGUGCGGCACCUCCCUGCCAGAAAACGCUUGGGCCGGCAAUUUUGCGCGCUGUCCGGCAGCGUGCGGCGCGGUCAUGUGUUCGGUGGACUGCGUGCUCACGCACCGCCGGGUAAGUUGCGACUUAGCGGGGGAGAGGCUAUUCAGCUUCUUCGAGGGCCACUCCGGCCCCGAUGCCCUGCUUACGUGGGCCGUAGCCUGCUCAGGCGUGGAGAUUUGUCUCCCCCUCGACCCCACCAGGGUCCCCUACUCGGAGGUGCUCCGAGAAUCGGGGCGCAAACACAUCCACUUGGAAGCGGAUGACGAGGCCACAGCUUGGGAGCAUUGGAAUGCAUCCCCGGAGUGGCAGGCGCACUCGCGCUCCCUUUCGGCGCCCGGGGGAAAGCCCGCCAAAAUCGGCAGCCUUGCGUUCGCAAGGUUGCAGUGGAGGCUCGCCAACUGGGGGUUUGCAGUCGUGCAAGCCCCCGCGCAUGACCCUCUGUGGUACACCCCGGAAGCUCUCGCGGUGAGCCGCCGCGCAGGGGUGCACGAAACAGCCGUCGUCCUUGACUACGGGGGCGCCGGCGGCCAGCAGGAAGUUUGGUUCCUGCACAACUGCCGGGCACUGUGCACGGUGCUUCCAGGCGCGCCAGGCCAGGCUACUUCAAGAGAGGCUUUCCGAACGGCAUACGCCGGAGCCGUCACCCAGGCCUUGAAAGACCUAGGGGCCGGCACGCUGCCGCUGCAGCCCACCAGUAGACCAGAAUGGAUCCGCGACCAAUUGGCGCAGGAGCGCCGCAAGGCCUACAGCGAAGGCGCGACGUGGCUAUGGCUACUGUCCGGGUCCCUGGACAGGGUCAUGGUGGUGGGCCGCUGGCAGCACGCCAACACAGCCCGCAUUUACAUCGAAACUGCGGCAGCAGAGCUUGGUAGCUGGAAGCACAGCGACCGCGCCGAAUCGCUCAUCCACCAGGCCGGAGCAGCAGGAAGAAGAGCAUUGCUGGGCGCUUGA